GCGGGCCGGGCUGGUGCGGCAGGGCGUUCGGCGGGCAGGGCGGUCGGCCAUGGCUCCGUCCAGGACCCCCAGGGCCGUGGAUGGCUAUUACCCCAGCCCUUUGCCAAGCUACAGAGAAGAUGCGACGACGUCGCCUGCUCAUUCUGGGAAUGGACAUCCAGAGUACAUCGCUUUUGCCCUUGUUCCAGUUUUCUUCAUCAUGGGCCUCUUGGGCGUCCUCAUCUGCCAUCUGCUCCAGAAGAAAGGGUAUCGCUGUACUACGGAGGCGGAACAAGGCCCAGAGGAGGAAAAGGCAGAGAAAAUAGAACUGAACGACAGCAUCAAUGACAACAGUGACACCGUGGGGCAAAUUGUUAACUUCAUCAUGAGGAACGAAGCCAACGCAGAUAUACUGAAGGCCAUGGUGGCUGAUAAGAGUGUGUGUGAUCCUGAAAGCCCCUUGACUCCGACCACACCAGGUAGCCCUCCCCUCAGCCCGGGGCCGCUGUCCCCGGGAGGGACCCCAGGGAAGCAUGUCUGUGGCCACCACCUGCACACCGUCGGAGGAGCCGUGGAGCAGGACAUCUGCAGCCGCUGUCGGCACAAGAGGUGGCACUUCAUCCGGCCGGCCAACAGAGCCAAAGAAGGGAGGGGUCGACGGCAAGGAGAGGUCACCGUUCUCUCGGUGGGAAGGUUCCGAGUCACGAAGGUGGAACAUAAGGCUAAUGCCAAGGAGCGCCGGAGUUUGAUGUCCGUCAGCGGAGGAGAGAGCGUGAACGGUGAAGUCCCUUCCACCCCUGUGAAGAGGGAGAGAAGUGACACAGAGUAGCAGGAGGACUCCUUGUUCGGAGAAGUUGGAGAGACUGAAAACCGGGAGAUCGGCAAUCCUGCAGUGCAAAUUACUCUGGGAUAUUUUCAUACAUCUUGGAUACUGUUUUUAGGAGGGGAGUUUCUUUAGGAGAAGGGUCAAAGACGGAGUGUGUGGCUGAUGGCUGCAAGAUGGUUUGUGAGCCCUGGGGCUUUUCUGGACCAAUGCCCAGCGGUGGAAAGCAUCUCGUUUUUAGAAAAGACCAAGAUCAGACACCCUUGACCCAAUGUCAUCUCCAUCCUGGUGAAGGUACGCUAGUUACACAAUGGCGGCAAUAUACACAAUGGAAAAAAGUGCAGUUUCACCAUUUGCUUGUGUGUGUGAGAUGCGUGUGUGUGUCCAUCUGUCCAUCUGCCUUGUCCACCCAUCCCACUUGGCUGUCUUUGGUAAUGAUCCCCUGCUUUCAAGCUAGUGUAGCCAUGAUACCAUUCAAUAAUGUCAGCAGCUCCUUAGCCUAUCAUCUUAACCAAGCGGUUCGAUCAUAGAAGAUGGGACAUUUCAUCCUGCCAGUGCCCAUUUUUCUUCUUGCAGACUUUCUCCUGUGGUCAGGAUUCAGGAUAUCACCUACCCCCAGCAUUAUCUAGAAAUUAAUCCCAGAGAGCAGUUGGAUGCCACACUCCAUCCCAAGGGAAAAUCCACACCAAAGCAGUCUCCCCUACUAGCCUUUGGACUUGUGCAGUAUAAUCUUGGGCCCAGCAAGGUCUUAGCCCAUGGCAGACAUCUGCCCCAUAGGCAUGUGAGAGCCCCUAGGAGGAGACAACCUUUCUGCUUCUGGAGAGCGUGGCCCAGAAUUUCUCUGUGUGACUACAUGUGGCCACAAAGACCUUCCCCAAGCUCCUGUCCCCUCUCCUGAGACCACCUGCUCUGUGGAGGUGGGCUAGUCGCAUCACUUCCCUCCCCUGCUGCCAUCUAAAAGGCCUUGUCCUUCCCGGGAAACAACAUUAGGAAGGGGACCACGGGUGAUUUUUGUAGCCAUUCCCGGGGCAGCUACCUGAAGGAACCAAACGUUGGUCAGAGGUGGUAAAAUUGGGACAUCCAAGGGUGUUUAGCCAGAACAAGGCUGGAAUGAAGGUGCCGCUCUCUAAGAUGGUUUCUCCGGUGAACUGUGUCAGUUUCCAGCCACGUAGCAUGGAUGUGUUGGGAAGAAGACUCUAGGGGAGUGAGGGACUUCCUUUUCUGUAAGCUGAUGCCUGGGAGAGGGGCAAGUCACAGAAAGUUAACCAAAAACAGCCACUUCAACAGUUGGAGGAGGGUUGGCCCAGCCUGCUCGGCCUGUCUGGGGACUGAGGCAGUGGGUGGUGGUGUAGCUGCUUUAGCUUUUUGGGCUCCUGGACUCACCAACUCCCACUGCCAUGUUGUAUGUCACUUCUGCAGGGAUGACAGCGUCUUUGUUUCUGAGAAAGAAAGAUCGCAAACAAGGCCACCCUCAACCCAUCCACUUCGGUGUCCUGCAAACACGAUUAUUGUCUUCAAGUCCCCGCCAAACUGAGGUCUUUCUGCCUCAGGAAACAGUGGGGCAGGUUUGGAAGACACAAUGUGGUCUCUUUCUAAAUUGUUCUUAAUAAGAAAUCCUACAGGGGUGUGUGUGUGUGUGUGUGUGUGUGUACACGUACCUGCCAAUGGGCAGGAAAUAAACUUCCCAGAAUUCCACGGAUCUGGGAUUCAAGGAGUAUUUUUGUUUUCGCUCAAUGUAAAUAUCCUUUGGGGUUGGGGGGAGUCUUGGAUAGUUCCUUCAAAACAAGGCUCAGUUUGAAAAGUCUUUGUUUUGUUAAACCCACAAGCGACAGGUGUUUUCUAAAUGCUUUUUAAAAUAUCAUUCCCUUUGUUCCCAAAGGGGUAAGUAUAAGCUGUUCAACAUCUAACGACUUUAAUACCCAUAGUUUAUUCUGGAUGGAGUGCUUUUUUCGGUCCUAAGUGGGGCAGGAGAGUCUGAAAUAUUUUGAGGUUCAUUUAAAUAUUAAAGCCAUUUUGUACACUCAAUUUAAGAUCUGUAUUUACCCAGCCUGCCGAUUUCAAAUAUGCCCGGAGGGAAGCACCUGUUCCUUUGGCAGGAGGAAUUUAAUUGGUCUGUAGCAUUGGGCCAGCAGACGUUUUUCACUGUGCUCAAAGCUACAGUUUACAACAACUCAGGAGUUUCUGCCUGCCUGGAGGGAUGGAAACCCUCAACAAGCCUCUCAAGAAAUAACACUAUAGUCUGAUCACUGGAUAGAAGUGAGUCAGAUCCCAUCAGGUGUCAAAUUGGUAAAGGUGAUUUUUCUUAUUUUGCUUGUCAAAUGUAUUUUUAACCUUGUGGUUUGUACUUGAAGACUUUUGUACUACCAAAGCAAAGCUAAAAUAGAUAAUUAAAUUCUUUUGGUGGUGUGUG